AACAAUUUUUAUUAAAUUAAUACAUAAUAUAAAAUAUAAGAAAUCUUUAAUAUUUUUAUUCAUUUUUAUGACUCAUAAUUAUAUCCGAUUUUGCUUUCUUUAAUAAUGUAACCAUUUCUUUAUUUUAUCUCUUUUAUCCUACUUCUUAUCUUUUUUCUUUUUUAUCUUCUUCGUUUAUCAUGAUGUCUUUUUCUUCCAGUCAUCCAGUCGUUGAUUUAUUAACCUCACUCAUGUCAAUUGUGAGUACCAGUGAGCUUGAACACGAAAUUGGUAUCUUUCUAGAACAGCGUCUUCAGAGCUUGGGGUAUACUGUCGAGCGUAUACCGAUCGCUCCGGGAUCUACACGUCAUAAUGUCUACGCUUAUCUCGGCUCUUCUCGUAAGACCCGUCUCCUUCUCACAGCUCAUAUGGAUACUGUCCCGCCCCAUAUUCCUUUAACUAUCGAAGGUGAUAUUAUCCGUGGUAGGGGAUCUUCCGAUGAUUUAGGUCCACUGGCAGCUCAGAUUGUGGCUGCUGAAGAACUGAGGAAGGAAGGUAGUGUUCGAAGCGAGGGUGACCUUGCAUUAUUGUUUGUGGUUGGCGAGGAGAAUGGCGGUCAUGGAAUGAUUGCAGCAAAUGAUAUGGGAAUAUCAUGGGAAUUUGGUAUAUUCGCUGAACCAACAGAGAGCAAACUAGCAAAAGGUCACAAGGGACAAGUAGCCUUCGAACUUAUCUCCUAUGGCAUUGCAUGUCAUUCGGGAUAUCCCCAUCUUGGGAAAAGCGCCACUUUUGCACUUCUUGCUGUAUUAAAUGACCUCUCAACUGCCACUUGGCCUGAGUCGGACCUUCUUGGUCCUUCGACGUUCAACAUUGGAACUAUCGAAGGUGGAGAGAAACAUAAUAUUGUUGCCCCAUCCGCCAAGGCACUCUGCGAAGUCCGCAUGGUAUCUGAUUUACCAGGUAUUAAGGACAAGGUUGCCGAGAUAGUUUCGCGACAUCCAGAUGUAGAGUUGAAGUUUGUGUUUGAGUACCCCGAAGCCCUCCUAGACUGGGAAAUUGAUGGGUUCGAAGCCGCCCCAGUCGCUUUUGGUACUGAUGUGCCCCGACUCAAAGAUGAAUAUUGCAACAAGAGAGUCUUGUAUGGACCUGGAUCAAUUUUGGUCGCACAUGGACCAAAUGAAUACAUUCGUAUCCCGGAGUUGAUCAAUAGCAUAUCCGGAUACAAAAAGCUAGUCCUCCACUUUCUUCAACAAUAGCUUUAAAGGCUCGUUAUCUUCUAUCUAGGCACAUAUAUAUAUUAAGGGUUGCUUAGUAGUAACUCAUACGGAGAUCUCUUUAUCGCAAGCCCGCUAUAGUUUCUCAAUAGAGGUAAAUGGUGUGGAAAUGUUUGGUGAAGGAUCUCGCGGUUUCGUCAUUAUAAUGUCUUCUCACGUAAUUUGCCAUGUGGGGGAGGAGAUUUGCACUGCUACGCUGAGAUAUACAAGUGGAAAUGGUUGAGUCAAAGUCACCUCCCAACGGGUUGUCCCCGUAUUUCGCUUCCCAACCUAUCAUGAAGAUUCGCUGAUUAUUUGCCCCAUGUAAAGCGCAAUAUUUGAGAAAACAUUGUAAGGGAGUAUCUCAAGCGUUUGUAUUCUAUACAUGAGCCUAUAAAAUAUUCAUCACUACUUUAGGAA